GCCGGCCCAGCGCAGCAGCGCAGCCAGCGCAGCCCGGAGGAGCCAGCCGGCGGCCGCGCACGAGCUCCGGGUCCGGCGGCGCGCGAGGCCCGCCCGAGCAGCGCCCGCCGCGGCCUCCAGCCCGGCCCCGGCCGGCCGGCCCGCGGGGAUGCGGAGCGGCGGGCGCCGGAGGCCGCGGCCCGGCUAGGCCCGCGCUCGCGCCGGACGCGGCGCCCGAGGCUGUUGACAGCCCGCUGGGCUCUGGGAGGACCCUGCUAGAGGCGUGUGAGCGAGGUCGGGGCCACGCAGGCCCGCGGGAGCCUCGGCACCAUGAACGACGUGGCCAUCGUGAAGGAGGGCUGGCUGCACAAACGAGGUGAGUACAUCAAAACCUGGCGGCCCCGGUACUUCCUCUUGAAGAAUGACGGCACCUUCAUCGGCUACAAGGAGCGGCCGCAGGACGUGGAGCAGCGUGAGUCGCCCCUGAACAACUUCUCCGUGGCGCAAUGCCAGCUGAUGAAGACGGAGCGGCCGCGGCCCAACACCUUCAUCAUCCGCUGCCUGCAGUGGACCACGGUCAUCGAGCGCACGUUCCAUGUAGAGACCCCUGAGGAGCGGGAGGAGUGGACAACUGCCAUCCAGACGGUGGCCGACGGGCUCAAGAGGCAGGAGGAGGAGAUUAUGGACUUCCGGUCAGGCUCGCCCGGCGAGAACUCAGGGGCCGAGGAGAUGGAGGUGGCGCUGGCCAAGCCCAAGCACCGCGUGACCAUGAAUGAGUUUGAGUACCUGAAGCUGCUGGGCAAAGGCACCUUCGGGAAGGUGAUCCUGGUGAAGGAGAAGGCCACGGGCCGCUACUAUGCCAUGAAGAUCCUGAAGAAGGAGGUUAUUGUGGCCAAGGACGAGGUGGCCCACACGCUCACGGAGAACCGCGUCCUCCAGAACUCCCGGCACCCCUUCCUGACGGCCCUGAAGUACUCCUUCCAGACCCACGACCGCCUGUGCUUCGUCAUGGAGUACGCCAACGGAGGCGAGCUCUUCUUCCACCUGUCCCGGGAGCGGGUGUUCCCCGAGGACCGGGCCCGGUUCUACGGCGCCGAGAUCGUGUCCGCCCUGGACUACCUGCACUCGGAGAAGAACGUGGUGUACCGGGACCUCAAGCUGGAGAACCUCAUGCUGGACAAGGACGGGCACAUCAAGAUCACCGACUUCGGGCUGUGCAAGGAGGGCAUCAAGGAUGGCGCCACCAUGAAGACCUUCUGCGGGACGCCCGAGUACCUGGCCCCCGAGGUGCUGGAAGACAAUGACUACGGCCGGGCGGUGGACUGGUGGGGGCUGGGCGUGGUCAUGUACGAGAUGAUGUGCGGCCGCCUGCCCUUCUACAACCAGGACCACGAGAAGCUCUUCGAGCUCAUCCUCAUGGAGGAGAUCCGCUUCCCACGCACGCUCAGCCCUGAGGCCAAGUCCCUGCUCUCAGGGCUGCUCAAGAAGGACCCCAAGCAGCGGCUCGGUGGGGGCUCCGAGGACGCCAAGGAGAUCAUGCAGCACCGCUUCUUCGCCAGCAUCUUGUGGCAGGAUGUGUAUGAGAAGAAGCUCAACCCGCCCUUCAAGCCUCAGGUCACGUCCGAGACGGACACCAGGUAUUUUGAUGAGGAGUUCACAGCCCAGAUGAUCACCAUCACGCCGCCCGACCAAGAUGACAGCAUGGAGGGCGUGGACAGCGAACGGAGGCCUCACUUCCCCCAGUUCUCCUACUCGGCCAGCGGCACGGCCUGAGGGGCCCGCCGGCCGCGCUUGGGACGCCACCGUGGGCAGCUGCGUGCUCUGGACGAGGGCUUGGAAGGAUCGGGAGGAAGCCUCGCACGGAUGACCUGUAUUUAAUGUUUCUUAUUUCUGGAUGCGUUUGGGCGGAACCAUGCCGUCCUCCAACACGGAUGGGAAGACGCCUCGUGCUGUGGGCAGGGCUGCCCGCCUUGGGGGCGGUGUCCCCCUGGCCAGCCAGGUCGGGAGGAAGACAUCCUGCGGUUUUUCUUAAUUUAUUCAUCCAGUUCUCCAGACGUGGCCUCGGCCUUCGGAACGAUUAGAUUCACGUAGGAAAACGUUGAGGACUUCUGCAGCCAAGUGCAAUCGGGCCCGGGUGGGCCCUGCCCGCGGCCCCUCCGUCCCUCUCGCCGGCUGUCCCUGGCUGCCCCUGUCUCAGCCCGGCCCGGGGGCCGCAGAAGCCACUUGGCCAUGGUGCUGGCCCGGCCCCCUCUCGCUUGGGGUGGGGCACGCAGCAGCCCCAGCGCUGAGGCUGGAGGAGGGUGGCCCCUGCAAUGGGGCUGGGCCGGGGCUCACCGGCGAGACAGAAGAGCCAGGUGACAUCUGUUGCCGUGUAUUAUGCUGUUCACGUGCAUACUGGGGUUUCUAAUCUCAGGAGAGAACCCUCCCUCCGCCCCCUUCCCCAUUGGGACCGUCUCACCCGAUGGCUUCCCUUGGUAGCACCUGUCCUUAUAGAAGCUUCACUCUCCUGCUGUCGCCCUGGCCCCACCUGAUGCCCUUGGGAGGGGCCAUCGCUGCACCCUCCGUGUCUCCCAGCCGGACGCUGCGCUGCACCGUGGCGUUUUUUAUACUCAACUUUAGUAUUUUUACUAUUAUGAGACUUUCCCUCCAAAUUCUUCAAUAAAAAUUGCUUUUCAA